GCUAUGUCCAGGGAGGCAGACAUCAACCAUUCCCAGGCUCAUCAGACCCCACGCAAUGGCGUUCCCCGACUUUUCAAACAUCCCCCUUCCUCCCGCGUAUAUAGAGAAAAUCGUGGGCUCGCAAGGCCACAAACUAUAUUACAACCGAGUCACAAAAGUCGAAUCGCCUCUCCACCCCGGGAAACUCAGGGCGCUGCAAGACCUGGGCGUAGUCCCCAGCCCAGAGCAUGAACUUCCCGACUUUAUACGUGACGUCGACGGCAGUGACCCGGACGCGUUUUGGGCCGCCGUCAAGGCCGCCGCCAAGGACGGGCGCCCGUGCCGGGAGACGGCUUUCCCAGUUUGGGGAGACAGCAGCAAGCAUGCCAGAGCCGAGUAUACUUCCUACGGCAUUGAACCCCCAUGGAGGCUUCGGGAGACAACUGUCCCGCCGGCUGGGAGUGCGCACCAGCCCACGGAGUAUAUAGUCGACUACAGGAGCGGCGACAUUUAUAUCUUCGAGACCACACCCCCGUCCAAACCCCCGUCUGAUAACCGGGCCGGCAGUGAUCCCGCUCCAAGGCCACCACCCUCCGAUAAACCGGCCGGCAGUGAUCCCGCUCCAAGGUCACCACCGUCCGACAACCGGGCCCGCACGGGUCCGCCACCACCGCCGCCGUACUCUCCCGCUGCGUUCGUGGCCGGACCGGGCCACGAGGCUCCCUGCGAGCGCUACAGCAAUCUUGACCUUGACGAGCUGGCUUCCGACACGGGUCUUUGCCUUGGAUCGCCAGUCGCUAUCCGGGAGUGCGGCUGUGGCUUUUGCGCCGAGAUCAUGGGCCAGCUCGGAAAAUGUCGUCAGCGCUGGCUGCACAAGCAGCCUUGUACCGACCCGUCCGCAAGCCAGCAGGAGUCGGUUGUUCUAAGGGCUGCCUUUUGGAAGAAGGAACUCACAGCGCUCCGGGUAGAGUAUCAAACACGAAUUUCAGACUUAUCGGGCAGCUAUCACAAAUGUGAAACCAAGCUCCCGAUCUGUUCCUGGAAAGGAUCGUCCAUGGAGCCUCACAUUGCCUCCAGUGCGCCCCGCAUGAGUGACCCUGGCUCUCCAGAGCAACUCCGCAUUGCCCUCGCCUGGAUCGAUAUUUGUACCCAGGAACAUGAAAAUUGCAGGCUUCCGAGCUUAUCCCACGGCUUUUUCCCUUCGAGGCUACUUGACCUCAGCGAUCCGGACCUUUUGAGGCUGGUCGAGCCUUCAACAAUGAAUUUCCAGGCCGAAUCCUAUAUCGCCCUCAGCUACUGCUGGGGUCAGCCAGCUCAAGAGGCCACAUACGUAACCACGCCGGAUAACCUCGCGCAGAGAAGGCUCGGUUUCUCGGAGCGCGAACUGCCCCUCACCGUCCGGGACGCGGCAGCCACCACCCGUGGACUGAAGGUCCGCUACCUGUGGGUCGACGCACUCUGCAUCAUACAGGGCCCUAGUCCAGAAGCGAGAGCCGACUGGGAGGCCGAGUCCGGGCGCAUGGGCGAUGUUUACAAAGGCGCCUACCUCACGCUCGUGGCGGCUGCUGCAGCAUCCGUCCACGAAGGGAUAUUCCACAGCAGCCAGUGCAAUCGAUUCUCCUACACCGAGGUGGUGCUGCGCUCGGUCCUGCGGCCCGAGUUCAACGGCGCCGUCCGCCUAGGCCGCUACCAAGAGUACCCACCAGUCCUAAAAGGCACGCCCCUGUACCACCGCGGCUGGGCGCUCCAAGAGCGAGUUCUCUCACGGCGGCUUCUGGUAUACUCGAGCGAUCGGAUCAUGUGGGAGUGCCAACAGAUGAGGCAAUCCGACGCCGGUCGGUCAAUACGCGAGGUCGAGACGAUAAGACUGCCGGUAGGCGAAGCGGCCAGAAGCACCACCGCCGAGGAUCUCCACGAAUGUUGGCACACUCUGGUCGAAGACUUUUGCAAACGCGAAAUCUCGGUCGAGUCGGACAAACUGCCCGCCAUCGCGGGCCUGGCCCGGGAAUUCCACCGCAUAGCCGGCGUGAGCGGGGACGAGUAUCUUGCUGGUCUAUGGAGGUCGAAUCUAGUCCCCGACCUCUUCUGGGCGACCAAGCCUGUGAGCAAGUACGACGAAAAAUAUGACGAAAAGGUGAUCAAGACCGGAACCCCAGAGCGAUACAGAGCCCCCUCGUGGUCCUGGGCUGCCGUCGACGGUGGGUUGCACGAGCAUUAUUUAGUGGAUCAAGGCGACGAGUAUGUCAUCACCGUGCUGCGCUACCGUGUCACGCCGCGCGGACCCGACCCGUUCGGCGAGGUCUCCAAUGGCACCCUGAUGGUGCAGGGCAAGCUUUUGGACAUGUACGACUUUGAAUACUGGCACUUCCAAGAUACCGACAAAAAUCAGCGACGAAAACGACCUACCACCACCUGUUGCACGCGCGAUGACGUCGACAUAGAUCCCGACCUGGAUCCCGACACCGAGUGGAAGCUCUCUAUAUUCUUUGACGGCGACAGCAGCCGCCACCUCCCCGGAGAUUUUAUGAUUCUCGCGGGCUACCAGUUCCUGAGGAUGACCGCCUACGUCUUCAUGGUGCUGCGGCGCUGCCCGGAGCGGGACGGCAAGCGGCGCUUGGCUUACAAAAGAUUCGGUCUCGCACGCGCGGACUGGUGGCCCGACUCCCAUGAGGGGUGGGACAGACUGUUCGAGAAGUAUUCCUACAACGACAUCAUAUAUAUUGUAUAAUCUACGGGGCUGCGUCGGGUGCCAGCUUGAUGCAUCUGGCCAUGUCUCCACGGCCUCGUC